AUGGAGCCUAAUGGUUUGUUCAGGAUCCCCACAUGGACUAGCUCCGAAGGUUUGGUGUUUGUGAACUUAGAUCAGACUGAUUCCAGAGUCAGUGGAGAUGUUUGGUUCAAGGAUUUGAGAGUUGGUGAUUUGAACGACUUCAAAUUCGUAAAAACGUGGAGUGAGAAUAUCCACAAAAACUGGAAAGAACUGGCUAUAAGUGCAGAGGAUGGGGGACAUGCUUCAUCUGGAGCUGAUUUCAAAAAAUGGGCUAUCGCCCAAUCGACAUCUCAGUCUGCAGGCUGGUUUGGGAAAAAAGCGAAGAAAGCCUCUUCAUUAUCAACAUUCCCCAUCUCCUACUUUAGUUUUGGGGAAACUCAGUGGAUUUCUAGGAGGUUGAACCCGAUAACCGACUCUGAUGUGACUGUGAUCUACGAGUUGUACGUUAAGGGAGGAGCAUCUCCUGACGAAUCCGCAGUCACAGAUUUUACAAAAUGUGGAUCCGAUCCCGACCAAGCCUUGAGCGUAACUAUCGCUCAGUUGUCAAAAUCUCAUUAUGAACUUGAGUCAGGAGCGAAAACUCAAAUUGAUGCCUCAAAAAUAGUCCAGAACGUUGACUCUUUGGAAUUGGAUGUCUACUGUAAGUCUACCUGCGAUGAAGCUGUUCUUGCCUGGUGA